CGCGGGGUCGAGUGAAGCAGCAGCCGCCGCCGCCGCCGCUCCAACCAGAGCCAGACUCACCGCGAGCCACCCCGGCCAGUCCUGGCGCCUGGUGGUGGCGGCUGCUCUGAGGAGGAGGAAGGUCGCCCGGCCGGCACCGCGGAGAGAGAGAGAGAAAGAGGGAGAGGGAGGGACAGAGAGCCGCGGGCGCCGUGCAGCGAGACGACUCGGGAGAACUCAACUUUCUGCUCGCCGCUCGCCAAGCAGGGGAGAGGCUGCGUCGUGCAGGGGCUGCGGGAGCUGCAGCAGGGGUCGCCACCAUGAGGCGGCUCGGGGGCGUCCGCCCGCCUCCUCCUCCUCAGCCGCUGUUGCUGCUGCUGCUGGGAGCCCUGUUCUACGUGCGAGGUGCAGACAGCAGCAGCAGCGCAGAGUGCGCUUGUGGACGAAACCACUUCACCUGUGCUGUUAGUGCUUUUGGUGAAUGCACUUGCAUCCCUGCUCAGUGGCAGUGCGACGGUGACAAUGACUGCGGGGACCACAGUGAUGAAGACGGCUGCAUGCUGCCCACUUGCUCCCCCUUGGACUUUCACUGCGACAACGGCAAGUGCAUCCGUCGCUCAUGGGUCUGCGAUGGAGACAAUGACUGCGAAGAUGACUCUGAUGAGCAAGACUGCCCUCCACGGGAGUGCAAGGAGGAUGAGUUUUCAUGCCAGAACGGAUACUGCAUACGCAGCCUGUGGCACUGUGACGGUGACAAUGACUGCGGAGACAACAGCGAUGAACAAUGUGAUAUGAGGAAGUGUUCGGACAAGGAGUUCCGCUGCAGCGAUGGCAGCUGCAUUGCUGAACACUGGUUCUGUGAUGGGGAUACAGACUGCAAGGAUGGAUCAGAUGAAGAGAACUGCCCAUCAGAUAUUCCAGCAACAACGUGUAGCCUGGAGGAGUUCCAGUGUGCAUAUGGGCGCUGUAUCCUGGACAUCUACCACUGUGAUGGAGACGAUGACUGUGGGGACUGGUCUGAUGAAUCCGACUGCUCCUCUCACCAGCCAUGCCGCUCAGGCGAGUUCAUGUGCAACAAUGGUUUGUGCAUUAAUGCUGGAUGGAGAUGUGACGGUGACUUUGACUGUGACGAUCAAUCAGAUGAGAAGAAUUGCACUACGUCUAUGUGCACAGCUGACCAGUUCCGCUGUAAAUCCGGCCGCUGUGUCCGCCUGUCUUGGCGCUGCGAUGGGGAGGAUGAUUGCACUGAUUACAGCGAUGAAGAAAACUGCGAGGAUACAGGAAGUCCCCAGUGUGCCCCAGAUCAAUUUCUGUGCAGAAAUGGACGCUGCAUUGGUCAAAGAAAGCUGUGCAAUGGUGUAAAUGACUGUGGAGACGGCAGCGAUGAGAGCCCUGACCAAAACUGCCGUCUUCGAACUGGAGAAGAAAACUGCAACCUCAACAAUGGGGGCUGCGCCCAGAAGUGCCAGAUGACUCGAGGGACUGUGCAGUGUACCUGCCACACAGGUUACAGGCUCCUGGAGGAUGGGAGGUCAUGUCAAGACGUGAAUGAGUGUGCAGAGGAAGGCUAUUGCAGCCAGGGAUGCACCAACAACGAGGGCGGCUUCCAGUGCUGGUGUGAGCAAGGCUACGAACUUCGCCCCGACAAGCGCAGCUGUAAAGCCCUGGGGCCGGAGCCUGUGUUGCUUUUUGCCAAUCGGAUUGAUAUCCGGCAGGUCUUACCCCACCGGUCAGAGUAUACCUUGCUGCUGAACAACCUGGAGAAUGCUAUCGCCCUUGAUUUCCACCAUAGCAAGGAGUUAGUCUUCUGGUCUGACGUCACACUGGACCGCAUCAUGAGGGCUAAUCUCAAUGGCAGCAACGUGGAGGAAGUGGUGUCCACAGGGCUGGAGAGCCCAGGUGGAUUGGCCAUUGACUGGAUCCACGACAAGCUCUACUGGACAGACUCUGGAACAUCUCGCAUUGAAGUGGCAAACUUGGACGGCACCCACCGGAAGGUGCUUCUCUGGGAGAACCUGGAGAAGCCUCGCGCAAUUGCCCUUCACCCCAUGGAGGGCACCAUCUACUGGACAGACUGGGGAAAUACUCCUCGCAUCGAGUACUCCAGCAUGGAUGGCUCCAAUCGACUCAUCAUUGCUGACACUCAUCUUUUCUGGCCAAACGGGCUAACUAUUGACUAUGCAGGGCAUCGAAUGUAUUGGGUGGAUGCCAAGCAUCACGUUAUUGAGAGGGCUGACUUGGAUGGACAGAACAGGAAGGCUGUUAUUAGCCAAGGCCUUCCACAUCCGUUUGCCAUCACGGUGUUUGAAGACAGCCUGUACUGGACAGAUUGGCAUACCAAGAGCAUAAACAGUGCCAACAAGUUUACUGGCAAGAACCAGGAGAUCAUCCGCAACAAGCUCCACUUCCCUAUGGACAUCCACACAUUGCAUCCUCAGCGCCAACCAGCAGGGAGAAACCGUUGCGGAGCCAACAAUGGGGGCUGCACUCACCUGUGCCUGCCGAACAACACGUCGUAUACCUGUUCUUGCCCCACAGGCUUUCGGAAGACCAGCAGCCACACCUGUGCUCAGAGUCUUGACAAGUUCCUGCUUUUUGCCCGAAGGAUGGACAUCCGUCGUAUCAGCUUCGACACAGAAGACCUAUCUGAUGCCGUCAUCCCCUUGGCCGAUGUGCGCAACGCAGUGGCCCUGGACUGGGAUGCAAAGGAUGAUUACGUCUACUGGACGGACGUCGGCACUGAUUCCAUUAGUCGGGCAAAAUGGGAUGGAACAGGACAGGAGGUUGUGGCAGAUAGCAGCCUGGAAAGCCCUGCUGGUCUGGCUGUGGACUGGGUCACCAACAAGUUGUACUGGACAGAUGCAGGAACAGACCGGAUAGAGGUGUCUAACACAGAUGGAACUAUGCGGACUGUACUGAUCUGGGAGAAUCUAGACAGACCCAGGGAUAUCGUGGUGGACCCUGUUGGAGGAUUCAUGUACUGGACUGACUGGGCUAACCCGAAGAUUGAGCGUGCGGGCAUGGACGCCUCUGACCGCUUGGUGAUCAUCUCUUCCAACCUGACCUGGCCCAAUGGACUAGCCAUUGAUUAUGAAUCUCAUCGUCUGUACUGGGCAGAUGCUGGCAUGAAGACAAUUGAGUACGCUGGCCUGGAUGGCAGCAACAGGAAGGUGCUGAUUGGAAGCAACCUGCCUCACCCCUUUGGGCUUACUCUUUAUGGAGCUCGGCUCUACUGGACCGACUGGCAGGCAAAGAGCAUCCAGAGUGCUGACAAAAGGACGGGGCAGAAUCGUGAAACUCUGCAGGACAACCUGGAAAACCUCAUGGACAUCCACGUCUUCCAUCGGCACAGGCCUACAGUACAUACAGCAUGCACAGUUAAUAAUGGUGGAUGCAGUCACCUUUGCCUCCUGGCUCCUCUCCCUAAAGGUUACAGCUGUACUUGUCCCACCGGUAUCAACCUACAGCCAGAUGGCAAGACUUGCUUACCAGGCAUGACUAGCUUCUUGAUCUUUGCUAGAAGGUCGGAUAUUCGGCUGGUUUCGCUUGACAUCCCGUAUUUUGCUGACGUAGUUGUCUCAGUCAAUGUCACCAUGAAAAACGCUAUUGCCAUCGGAGUGGAUCCUCAAGAAGGAAAGGUCUAUUGGUCGGACAGCACCCUGAGGAAGAUCAGCAGGGCUGCCUUAGAUGGAUCUCAGUAUGAAGAUAUUGUUACUACAGGGUUGCAAACCACAGAUGGACUAGCAGUGGAUGCUAUCGGUCGCAAAGUGUAUUGGACUGACACAGGGACCAAAAGGAUUGAAGUGGGCAACCUGGAUGGGUCAAUGAGGAGAGUUUUGGUAUGGGAAAACCUGGACAGCCCAAGAGCCAUUGCCCUGUAUCACGAGAUGGGUUUUAUGUAUUGGACGGACUGGGGAGAGAACGCCAAGCUGGAACAAGCUGGCAUGGACGGCUCCAGGCGCACGGUGCUUAUCAACAACAACCUGGGGUGGCCGAAUGGACUGGCUGUGGAUCGAGCAGGAUCACAACUGCUCUGGGCUGAUGCACAUACUGAGCGCAUUGAGGCUGCAGACCUGAAUGGUGCAAACCGCCGCACCUUGCUUUCUCCAGUACAGCACCCUUACGGCCUCACUCUGCUGGAUUCCUACAUCUACUGGACAGAUUGGCAAACACGUAGCAUCCACAGGGCUGACAAGAACACGGGUGCCAACGUCAUCUUAGUCAGGGCAAACCUGCCUGGCUUAAUGGACAUCCAGGCUGUUGACAGGAAGCACCCUCUGGGUGCUAACAAGUGUGGAGUGAGGAAUGGUGGGUGCUCCCAUCUCUGCCUGCCAAAUCCUGAAGGCUUCUCCUGUGCCUGCCCUACUGGUAUCCAGUUGAAGAGUGACGAGAGGACCUGCGAUCCUUCUCCUGAAACUUACCUGCUCUUCUCUAGUCGAGGCUCUAUCCGCCGCAUCUCACUGGACACUAGCGAUCACACUGACGUUCACGUUCCUGUCCCAGAGCUGAACAAUGUUAUCUCUCUGGACUAUGACAGUGUAGAUGGCAAAAUUUACUACACAGAUGUCUUCUUAGAUGUCAUCAGGCGAGCAGACCUUAAUGGCAGCAAUAUGGAAACAGUUAUUGGUCAAGGACUGAAGACCACGGAUGGUCUAGCUGUGGACUGGGUGGCUAGAAACCUCUACUGGACUGACACGGGCCGCAACACUAUUGAAGUUGCAAGACUAGAUGGCAGCUGCAGGAAAGUGCUAAUUAAUAACAAUCUGGAUGAACCCCGAGCAAUUGCUGUCUUUCCCAGGAAGGGAUACCUCUUUUGGACAGAUUGGGGACAAGUCGCUAAAAUUGAGCGCGCAAACUUGGAUGGUUCUGAGCGCAAGAUAUUGAUCAACACUGACUUGGGCUGGCCCAAUGGGUUGACCUUGGAUUAUGAUACUAGGAGGAUUUAUUGGGUAGAUGCUCAUCUAGACCGCAUAGAGGGUGCUGAUCUCAACGGGAAGCUGCGUCAGGUCCUGGUCAGCCAAGUAUCACAUCCCUUUGCCUUGACACAGCAAGACAGGUGGCUCUAUUGGACGGACUGGCAAACUAAAUCUAUCCAGCGAGUGGACAAAUAUUCUGGUCGGAAUAAGGAGACUGUGUUAGCCAAUGUUGAAGGACUUAUGGACAUCAUUGUAGUUUCUCCUCAAAGGCAGACAGGCACCAACGCUUGUGGAGUCAGUAAUGGAGGCUGCACCCACCUCUGUUUUGCCAGAGCUUCUGACUUCGUUUGUGCUUGCCCAGAUGAACCAGAUGGACGGCCUUGCUCAAAUGUUCCUGGCAUGGGGCCUUCGAUUCCCGAGACCACUCGUGCAAGCAAAAAGAGCCAGACCCCCGCUGGUAGAUCUGGCUCUUCGACAACCAAACCCCAUAUAUCUUUGGAAACGACAGAAGCAAACUGCUCUGACAAAAAGGUUGGCCAAGGCUUGUGCAGCCGAGCAAGCGAAGCUGUGCCGGCAACCACUGGAGGACUGCACGUCAGUUACAUAAUCGGAGGCCUUCUCAGUAUAUUGAUCAUUCUGCUGCUAAUUGGUGCUGUGAUUAUAUACAGGCACAAGAAGUCCAAGUUCACAGAUCCUAGCCUGGGCAACCUUACCUACAGUAACCCCUCUUACCGGACAUCUACCCAAGAGGUAAAGAUUGAAACAGUUCCCAAGCCAGCCAUGUAUAACCAGCUAUGCUAUAAGGAGGCCGGCCCUGAUCACAGUUACAGCAAGGAAAAGAUCAAGAUUGUGGAAGGGAUAUGCCUCUUGUCCAGCGAUGAAUCGGAGUGGGACGACCUGAAACAGAUACGGAGCUCUCGGGGGUGUAUCCUCCGUGACCACGUCUGCAUGAAGACUGACACGGUCUCUAUCCAAGCCAGCUCUGGCUCGCUGGAUGACACCGAAACUGAGCAGCUGCUGCAGGAGGAGCAGUCAGAAUGCAGCAGCAUCAACGCGGCAGCAACCCCUGAGCGCCGCGGCUCCCUUCCAGACACAGGCUGGAAGCACCAACGCAAACCCUCAACAGAGAGUGAUGUCUAAAGCACACAAUGAGACGCUUGUCCCUCCUCUGUCACCUUUCGCACUGAUGAGAUAGGAUCUUGCCCGCAAUUCCAGGAGGAACUCAAAAGAGACUUGCCUCUGUGUCACACAGAGCCCAGAGACUUUUUUUCUGAGAGGAGCCUGAGCUUAAACUGCCUUUGUGGCAGGUGGGAGACAACCUAGAGACUCUUGGCUCACUGUUCAUUAAUGUUUAUUUAUAUGUCCCCUUUUGCUAGAAGCUGUGGUGUUGAAUUCAGCAGCAGUUUUCCCAGCUGUGUCCGAUGCAGCUUUCAUUCGGUCUAGUGCACCAGCUAGCCAUGGACUCCAAGGCCACCAGGGAGGGAUGAGUGUUUCUGAAGUUCCCUGCUCCUGAUACAACUACCUUUCUUCAGAGUCUGUUGGCACUAACUAGAUUUUGCACUGCGCUCUUUCUAUCUUAAAUGAAAGGGUUUGGGGCCAGGUAGAAGUGCCUGAAGUGAGAAAGGUGAUGUAACAGCGGGUCACUUUUGCAGAUACUUGUGUGGGGAGAGCAAACGACAGUUGUAACUUCACUGGAAAGGGGCACUAAAUUUCCAUGACCAUUAUUUUUAAGCUGUGGGGAAACGCCUGCGAAAUCCAACCUAGGGUGUCAGGAGUUCAGAGGGUAAAGCAUUUGAGUCUGUUGCUGGCAACAGAGGUUGCUCCUGCCACAGUUUGGUGUGGCAGAAUGCCCACUCCCUUCCUAAAACAUACUUCUGGUUUUUUCAGAUUGAACUUAACACAUCUGUUCCCUGGAGGGACGACUCACUGUUUUUAUUGCACUUCCCAUUAGCUUUGACUUCCGAGGAAAGCGCCGGGUGCAAUGGUAUUUUAUCAUAACCUUCCUUAGUUAGUCAAGUCACAGGCCCAUCCUGUGGAAAUGUGUGCUACUGAAAACAACGUUAGCCUGUGGAACACAAGUGGGCAAUAUGUUUUAUUUGUUUGUCUGUUUUGGAAAUGGAAUAUAAGUGGUCAGCGGGUGUACCUGAAACGUCAGGUGCAAGUUCCAGCUCCAACAUGCUGCUGGACAAACCCAGUAGGGGACAUUUUCUAAGCCUUUUCUUGCCAGCGGAUGGGUCUGCUUGCACCUUCUUCUAGGAUCUGCUGUGUGGGUUGAGUAGUGUGGUGUCAAAAAGUGGGUGUGUGCAAUUUGAGAGAUGAUGAAUGUGUGUGGCUAGGCAAAGGCAGGCAGGCGGGGAGUCAGGCAGGGCACCAGAACUGUUUGACUGUGUAAAGCGCCUUUCCUCCUCAAUGCAACUAGGUUAAGAUUUCCAUUCUAUGAAGGGAGAACCAAGACUAAGAAACGGUCUUUUCAAAAUGUUUUGCAGGUGGUGGUUUGUGCAAACAAAUACUUCCUCCGCCAGCUCCAGACAUGAUUUGGCAAGAUAGCACUUACAUUGAGGGAAGUCCUAUUCAGAGCUGAUAACCACAUUAUUUAUUCUCUGGGAAUAUGCACCACUAUCCCCUCACCUUGCUCCUGCAAGUGCCUCUCUUGUGAUUAGCGCAUGAUGUAUAGACUCUGCUUGUGUGAGUGUGACACUCUGACGAGCAGCACAGGUUCCCUGUGGCUAAACAGUUGCGUGAUCUGAUUGCUUCCUCUCAUCUAGUCCAAGCAGGGAGGGCGCAAGCAUUAAAAAAACCAGCAAUCCAACUCUAGCAACCUGCCCCCUUGCAGCUUUCCCUCUAUAACAGGUCUAUAUUUCCAUCAACAAGGCAACCCUCCCCCUUAUGUGUCUUGUUGAGUUAAAUAUUUUAUUGCACACCUAAAACCGUGAUACAUGAAUAUGACAAUUGUGUAUUUUUAAUCGCAUUCAUUGAAGGAGUCCAUGCACAAGAAAGCUAGGGUGGGUGAUGCGUUUGUACAGUGGCAAUUGUGCUGGUUGCUGCGUAGUGUGUGAAGCAGUUAUAAGUAGUGCAUCUUUGUCACAGACACCUUUUCUUUCUAGAUGGUCCACAGCAGACAUGUCGUGCUUCUGCCUGUUCCCUCUACCAUCUCCAUCCCUGCUCACCUCUGCUAUUUCCAUCAUGUUUCUUUACAUUUGCUGAUGAUCCUCUGUUGCCUUCGCCCACACAUAUUGGGCAUGUUUGCACACACUCAGUAUUGUAAAAAUAAAACAGUGGAAUUUUGGGUUGCAGCAGGAACGGUGCAAGCCAAUGAUGGUGCAAGACCAGCAUUCCUGACAAUUAACCCCAACUUUUCCCAACUUGUAGCCGGGAAAACCUCUUGCUUUCUCAUCUUGAGGAAGGUAUAAAUUGGAAUUAUUUUGGGAGCCGAGUUUUGUAUUUCAAGGAAACAUGCAUAAAGCUCUACUUCUGCAGCAUCACACAGCAAAAUCAACCUGUGCUUAAAAGUUUCAGUACUGUGAGCAAGUCUUUCUAGGACAUGUUUAUAUUCUUCCAUCAAAGACACUCUCAUUCUGACUGUCCAACCUCAGAACUGUUUUCCUGUUUUACCUGCUAUUACUCUCUCUUCCUUUAUUUGCAUGUCAUUUAUUGUGCUUUGCUCUCCUAGCUAUCCAUGUGAACUAAGAGUUGCAUUCACUGCUGUCUCUGCAUCAGCAGAAAAGACUUUUCUCUGUGCAAUAAGACUUUACUUUCCACUCUUCGCCCUUGCAUCUACUCAAAACCUGUUCCAGAGUUUGGGGGGAUGUGGGGAAUGUGGGAGAUUAGAGAAGAAUGUGAAGUUCUGUUAUGCGAGCAGAAGUCCAUUUGUGCAGUGUUGAAUUCCACCCUAAGUCUCUCAUACUUCAUAGAGAUCCAUGUAUUGAACCACACCAGCUCUUGUGCCUGCAUUCAUAAAUCCAUAAGUGACUGCCACCCCCACCAUGGUGUUUUACCAUUUUCUCUGCAUUCUCUUCCUUCAGCCAUUAUUUUCCAUUGGCAUCUGAUUCUGACCCAUCCGAAAAGAUAGAACUUGAGGAUCGAAAAUGUAAAAACGGCAGCUUAAAGUCCAAAUUAAACCAAUUAGCUGUAUUUAUGUUAUUAAAAUCACUCAUCUACAGGAGCCAUCCACACUAGGCUCACUUUAUUUUGGGGGAGUCUGGUGAGGGGAGACAAAACAAACAAACAAACCCUGUAAAAGACAAUGUGGAAGGCACUUGCAGGAAGGCAAACAGUUAUGCACCCUGCCUAGUCCACUGGUGAUCUCUUGAAAAGGCAGUAGCAUGACAAGGGACUUGGGCUUGAGGAGAUCUCUCAUUUACAUCAAUUAUAUCAGUUUCAUGGGCCGUGAAAUGGUAAUGUGAACAAGGGCAAAGUCAAGUAUAGCCCUUUUGAAAAAGACAGCACUGGAGAUCACAUUGUGCUAGUUGUAUCCUGGUGCCUUUUGUAGGAGGCUGGACUAGGAUCACUCUGGGAUCCCUUGCUGUUGUGCAUCCCUAUGAAAUGUUGGUUAGAACUGAGGCUUGGAGCAAUGUUGUUAUUAGGCUUUCCCCCUACUUUCAGGGGAAUAUAUUAGAUUUUAAUUUAAAUAUAUUUAUUUGGGUUGGCUCCAAUGAAGCUUCGUCAGGCUGAAGGGAUCUGUGGGGGUAGGGUAGCCCUGCUGCUGAAACCAUGGACAAAAUUAAGGCCAUGUGCAUUUGAAAAAAGAGUUUAGGAAAGAUGAAACCAGACACUUGGCACUGAUGAGGGCCACCAGGCCAGGGUGAAGUGUUGAAUAUAGGCAGUUGCAAUUAGAAGAAAAAAUAUUAAAAAUGGAGGCUGGGAAAUAAUUGAAAAAUACUUGUCCUCUUACAAGUUCAGUAAAUCAACAGAGAGAGUGCCACUGCCACUAAUGUCUCCCCUUGUCUCUCUGCAACUUUUUAUUGCACAUUCCAGUCUACAUAAUGACCUCCUUUCUCAAACCCCUUCCCUUGACCCAUCUGACCCCUAGCAGCCCUCAUAAUGGCUGCAGAAGAUUGGAAGAAUGGUACCUACAGCUUUACUCCUACUUGUGAAGUAAGCAGCGAUGAGAUGCGCAAGCAGCCUUUGGCCAGUGCUGUUGGUAAUAUGGGACUCUUCACUGCCAAUGCUGAUGAAGCAAAGUCUCAUUGCACUUGGACUUUGCAGAAUGUGGAAAGCCAGAAGUGGGGACAAUCUCGCGAGCACUGAUUAACUAUGUAAAAAGAACAUCCUGCCUCUGUCUGUCUUGAGUUGUUGGCAGCAAUUUCCCUACCUUUCUGUGUAAUGGUUUUAAAUGUUACUCACUGGAGAGAUUGGAUUUCCCCUUUCCCCCCAAGUUAUUUAACUACUAUGCUCAGUAUUUUAGGUUUGAUGAUAAUUUAAUAUAAAUUUAGCUUUUCUUAAUCGCUCUGCUGGACUUGUGAGUUGUGAAUCACGAAUGCUACCCAAACAGGCCACAUGAAGGCUCAUCUCGUUUGAAGAAGCGACAGAGUUGGGACCAGAGCAAACAGAUCCCAUCACACUCUCACCUUUGAAGCAACAACUGGUUUAGGAUUUGGGUGAAAGCAGGGGAAUGGGAAUUAACUGUUACGAAUAUUACAUAUGGCAGGUUAUGGCACUGCCAAGGACUAACACCAGAAAUGUCUGAAGCUCAAAUUAGUAGGGCUGCUGCUUGCUUCCCUCUGGUAUUAACUUGGCAUUUCAUAGAGCCUAUUACGACCCCAUGAAGCUUAGAGGGUUUUUGCAUUUCUCAUGCUGGCAAUUUAAAUGUUUACAAAUGAAUCGCUUAGAAUGUACACACUUCUGCUUCUUGUCCCUUACAUUUCUGUGCUUCUCUUUUAGUUCAGUGUGUGUCCCUGUUUCUCAAUAUACUGAUUGAUCCCAGAAUCAUGAGUCAUAAAUCAAACCAAAUUGAAAGUUUACAGUGCUUUACUACAUUUCUAGAUGAGCAGAUUACAAUAAUUCAAAACGUGAAAUGAUUCUUACAAAUAAAAUGAGAACUUACA